AUGACCUUCGAGACACAUCCAAUUUGUUGACCUUAAAUCCAUGGGAUUGGAUGUGUUUCAUGUUGCUCUUCACUGUGCAAUAUAGAACGUGCCAUUUAGCUAGACCCAAACUAUCAAAAUCUGAACGUAACACGAAGUUAGGAUGGCAGUUAAGGCUGCAUUAAACUGCUUGCGAGUUCUUUGCAUACAAAGUCACGUUGUCCAUGGAUAUGUUGGCAAUAAAAUUGCCGUUUUUCCCUUGCAAGUAUUAGGAAUAGAAGUUGACUAUAUUAAUUCUGUACAAUUUUCGAAUCACACAGGUUCGUGUAAUACUAGACAUAUUGUACAUACAGGCUAUGAGAUUGUCAAGGGCCAAGUGUUGGAUGCUGCGAGUAUGAAAGAUUUGUAUCUUGGUUUGAAGGCAAAUGGACUUAGCAAGUACACUCAUGUCCUCACAGGUUAUCUCGCGUCGCCAAGCUCUUUAGAAGCGGUCGCAGAUAUAGUGUCCGACCUUAAAAAAGAGAACUCAAAUAUUAAAUAUUACUGUGAUCCUGUUCUAGGUGAUAAUGGAAAACUUUAUGUUCCACCAGAACUUGUCCAGAUAUAUCAAGAAAAAAUACUCCCUCUCUCAGAUGUCAUUUUACCAAAUCAAUUUGAAGCAGAAAUAUUAAGUGGUAUACAAAUCACUGAUGAAAAAUCUGCUUUAAAUUGUAUUCAUCAUUUACAUAAACAAUAUCACAUUCCAACUGUAAUUAUUACAAGUACCAAUAGUGUCUGUUCAUCAUCAUCUAUGAUGUUGUAUGGUUAUGCAAGUCGUUUAAUUAAUCAUCAAAUGAAAAAUGAUCAUGGCGCUGAUAAUAUGAUCAAACAAACAAAUGGUUCAAUUUUCAAUAAUAAUUCAAAUUACGAACGUGUACGUUUUAAAAUACCACACUUUAAUUAUCAUUUCAUUGGAACUGGUGAUUUAUUCGCUGCUUUAACAUUGGCUCAUUUAGAAGCAAAAAUUGACCAGGAAAAUAAUCAACAAAUUGCGAAAUAUUCAUUUAAAGAUGCCUUCCAAUCGAUUCUUAGUACAAUGCAAGCUGUUCUGUCAAGAACAAUACAAUUAUCUGAAAAAGAAUCAACAAGUAUGCCUAAAGCUGCACGAAUCGAACUGAAAAUCAUACAAAGUCUCGAUGCAAUUCUUAACCCACCAUUAGGUGAUGACUAUGUGGAGAAAAUGUGAUGAACACCUACACACACACACACAUACUUUGUGUGAGAGCGCGAGAAUGUAUACUUUCUUCCGCCUAUCUAUCCACCUACUUACCUACCCACCUAUGUAUGUCAUGUAUGUAUGCGUGAUUUCUAGUCAGUUUUCCUCUUAUCCUAUCUAUGUGUAAGUAUUUCUUUCAUCGUUACUUUUAAUACUACUUAAAUUAGGGAGGAAGAAAUGCCGAUUAUGUCAUUGAGAUGUUUUUUCUGUCGAUAAUUAUGGGAUUACAUGAUUUUUUUCUCACUUUUCAUAAAAUCUAUGUGAUGCUUAUCAAUGAACUAUUCACUGAAUUUAUUAAAAAUAAUUUGUUUUCAUUUUGAUUGUAUAAUUUUUCGAAAUAUGAAGCAACUGCAUAUUAACC